AAUCCCUCGAGCCGACCCAAAUUCUACGCCAGACUGCUCCGUCGUCCCGACCGCCUAUGUCAACUAGGGUUGGUUCUACGCAUAGGUUUUGCUCUACGGAGAAGCCGCUGCUUGCGAGGGGAGGCUGACGUAGAAUUAACUUGGAAGGAUGCAGUGGCUAGAGGCUACGAGUGUCAAUCUGACAGAAUCGGAAUUGCAACAAUGGCAGAGGCCACAGUGAUUAUCAUAGAUACAGCUUGCUCAGCAUACUCUGCAGCGAGAAUAGCGGAUGGUGUAGUGUAUGUUCUGAUUGAGGAUGAUCGCUGGAGCGUUAUUAAGAGCGGUGGGUUGAGCAGACAAGUGUUCUCCGCUGUUUGCGUUUAUUCUGAG